GUUCAACGGUCAAGUCUUGUGGCUUGUCACUUGGUUUGUGUAUGCAUGACAUGAGGCCGUGCAUGUGUAUAAAUUGCAGUUGGAAAAUGUGUCAAAGUGUGUCAGAGUGUGUCAUGACAUGAUUGUGUUUUUUACUUGUUUAACUGUUCGCACUUUGUUUAGCGCCGGUGAGCCGGUCGGUUUCGUUUGAAUUCUAUGAGAUUGGAAUUUAAAUUUAUUCAUGUAAUCGUAAGCUGCGCAUGAAAAUGAAAAGAUUUUUCGAAGUAGUUUCGAAGGACCCGCAGCGGGCAUCUUCAAGUUCUGAACCUGACUCGGAAAGCACCGAAGGAAUUAAUGAAAGUCCGGAAAAGGAUAAGGAAUGUGAAAAAUCGAAAAAGCAGAAAUAUGAACAAAAGUACGUAAAAUACUGGGAAAGUGAAUUUAAAUGGUUAUCUGAGGGAACAAAAGGCUGUCAUUAUGCAUUCUGUAAAGUGUACUCUGUAGAUGUAUACAUAGGGAAGAUGGGUAAAAGUGCAAUUAAAUCCCAUGCAAACACCCAAAUACAUACAAAAAACGCUGGAACGAUUUCAUUAAACCUAGUGCAACAAAAUAUUGAACCAUUAUUUAGUUCAGCAUCCAAGACUGCUGUUAUUGAUGCCGAGAUUAUGAUGGCAGUAUUUGUUGCGGAACAUAAUUUGGCAUUCCAAAUAAUGGGUCACUUACCGCAAUUCGUUAACAAAAUUACCCCGGAUUCGAAUAUUGCCAAAAAAGUAAAGUGUUCUAGGACGAAAAUGGUAAACAUUUUACGGAACGUUUUGGGAAUAUCUUACAUAGAAGAAAUUGUUGAUUUGUUAAACGCCAAUAAAUUUUCUUUAAUUAUUGACGAGUCCACAGAUAUAUCUUUAGUAAAAACCUUGUGCUUGGUGGUUAGAGUAUGUAAAAAUUUUAAAGUACAUGACUUGUUUUUUGAUUUAAUUGAAGUUGAAUCUGCAGAUGCUAGUAGUCUGUUUUCUGCUGUAAUCAAUAGUUUCACGAAGAAUAAUAUCAUGUACAAACAAAACAUGAUUGGUUUCGCAGUUGAUGGAGCCAACGUUAUGAUGGGUAGGAAUCAUUCCGUAUCUACAUUAUUGAAAGCAGACAUAAAUGAUCUGUUCGUUCUUAAAUGUCAAAUAAAAUUUUACACCCUUUUCAAACGAGAUGGUUAUCAUUAUCUGCAGUCGAAUCUUUCCAUAAUCGCACCUGACAAUGUAUACGCUUGUAUCUAUAAAUCGAUAGCUCCACUUUUACAACAAGUCCCACGUUUACUAGCUGACAAUAUACAAGAAAUUGACUCGGAAUACCGUACUCUGAUAAAUUUCGUAAAAGAUAAAGAACAAAUUUUAGACAUUGAAGAAUUUUGGCGUAUGGUUGCUCGCAUUGAAAUUGGUAACGAGCAAGCAUUCCCGAAUUUAGUUAAACUAGUAUUUGCUAUUUUGUCCUUCCCACAUUCGUCUGCAAAUGUUGAAAGGGUAUUUUCCCAAGUAAAUUUAAUGAAAACAAAAAUCAGAAAUCGAUUAGAGAAUGCAACCAUUAAAGCAUGCUUACAAACGAAAGGGUUACUAAAACUACAAAACUCUGAUUGCACAAAUUUCAAAGUGACUACUGAGAUGAGAAAAAAGUGCAAUAAAGCUAUGUACGAUAUUCCAAAAUAA